AUGCCUCCUGUCAAAUCACAACUCCGUUAACGGUCAUGAUCUCCCGUACGGUUCUCUCAACGGCUGUGAUCCCCUUUUCCCCCAAACCUUCCUCAGACUCCUCUGAUAACAGUACGCAAACUGGCAAGAAAGAAAGAAAGAAAGAAAGACAUGAACCAUUUUUCCUUCUCUCUUUCUCUCUCUACUGUUAUCAGGUCUACCUUGGUCGGUAGGGUAUAAAAUAAAGUCUUAUCACUGAUAGUGAUAUCCCAAGCAAAAAGCUCUAGUUCAGCUCACCGUAGUGUUUUGUUGAGUAUUUUCAUGGAGUUAUUGGAGACAGUGGAAAUUAUAUGAUAGUAUUUUUGGUUAUUGUUGUGAAGAGGGGGAUCAUAAUGGGGAAAAAGUGGGGUAUAUUGAGGUUAAGGGUGAUGAAUUGGUGGGAGUUCGGGUUUUGUGUAAUAAUAAUUUUGUUGUUGUAGUAUACUUUUUUUUUUUUUUUUUUUUUAGAUUUUUAAGUUUAAAGAAGAAAUAUGAAGCUUUCAACAUCAGGAAUGGGUCAGCCGGUUCAUGAAGGAGAGAAAAAGUGUUUGAACUCGGAGCUAUGGCAUGCGUGUGCUGGUCCUCUGGUUUGCCUACCAACAGUGGGAAGUCGUGUUGUUUACUUUCCUCAGGGUCAUAGUGAACAGGUAGCUGCAACAACUAAUAAAGAAGUUGAUGCACAUAUACCAAAUUACCCGAAUUUGCCGCCACAGUUGAUCUGUCAACUCCACAAUGUCACAAUGCAUGCAGAUGUUGAAACGGACGAAGUAUACGCUCAAAUGACUUUGCAGCCCUUGACGCCAGAAGAACAAAAAGAUAGAUAUCUUCCUGUUGAGUUUGGAAUCCCUAGCAAGCAGCCUACUAACUAUUUUUGUAAGACGCUGACUGCAAGUGAUACUAGCACGCACGGUGGAUUUUCUGUUCCUCGUCGUGCUGCAGAGAAAGUUUUUCCUCCUCUGGAUUUCUCCCAGACUCCACCUGCGCAAGAACUAAUUGCAAGGGAUCUGCAUGAUGUUGAAUGGAAGUUCAGGCAUAUUUUCAGAGGACAGCCUAAGCGACAUCUUCUUACUACUGGCUGGAGUGUGUUUGUUAGUGCCAAAAGGCUUGUUGCUGGAGAUUCUGUUCUUUUCAUUUGGAAUGAUAAAAAUCAGCUCCUUCUGGGAAUUCGGAGAGCAAUUCGACCCCAGACUGUGAUGCCAUCAUCAGUUCUAUCUAGUGAUAGCAUGCACAUCGGAUUACUUGCUGCUGCUGCUCAUGCUGCUGCUACUAAUAGCUGUUUCACUGUCUUUUUUAACCCAAGGGCUAGCCCAUCCGAGUUUGUUAUACCUCUUUCAAAGUACAUCAAAGCUGUAUAUCACACUCGCGUUUCUGUUGGAAUGCGUUUUCGGAUGCUAUUUGAAACUGAAGAAUCAAGUGUUCGAAGAUACAUGGGCACAAUUACUGGGAUUGGUGACCUAGAUCCAGUUCGUUGGGCAAAUUCUCACUGGCGGUCUGUCAAGGUUGGUUGGGAUGAGUCAACUGCAGGAGAGAGGCAACCAAGGGUCUCAUUAUGGGAGAUUGAGCCUUUGACUACUUUUCCGAUGUAUCCAUCUCUUUUUCCGCUUAGGCUAAAGCGGCCUUUGUAUCCAGGAACCUCAUCUUAUCAAGAUAGUAACAAUGAAGCUAUUAAUCGAAUGACAUGGUUAAGAGGGAAUACUAGUGAGUUAGGACCUCAUUCGAUGAAUCUUCAGUCUUUUGGCAUGCUUCCUUGGAUGCAGCAGAGAGUCGAUUCAAGAAUUAUCCCAAAUGAUAUUAAUCAGCACUAUCAAGCUAUGCUGGCUACUGGUUUGCAAAGUUUUGGGAGUGGAGAUUUGUUGAAACAGCAACUAGUGCAGUUUCAACAGCCUGCCCAAUAUCUCCAACAUGCAAGUACUGAUAAUUCCAUUCUUCAUCAGCAGCAAAUAAUGCUGCAAGCAGUUCAUCAGCAUAUGCAGCCUGCUCAAACCCAAAUGCUGUCAGAGAACCUGCAAAGGCAAUCACAGCAACAAUCCAAUAAUCAGUUGGAGGAACAGGCUCAUCAACACGCUUACCAAGAAGCAUUCCAAAUACCACACAAUCAGCUCCAGCAGAGGCCAUCAUCAAAUGUUUCCUCUCAAUUUUUAAAAGCAGAUUUUGCAGAUUUGAACUCAAAGUUUUCAGCAUCUGUUGCUCCUUCAGGCGUGCAAAAUAUGCUAGGUUCUUUGUGUUCUGAAGGUAGUAGUAAUUCAUUGAAUAUCAAUAGAACUGGUCAGUGUGUGAUCAUGGAGCAGCCGCCCCAACAGUCCUGGAUGUCAAAAUUUGCAGAGUCACAACUAAAUACGUGCUCCAACUCGUCUCCACUCCCAACAUAUGAGAAAGAUACUUCCAAUCCUCGGGAAAACUGUAGCUUGGAUUCCCAGAAUCAAGUGCAUUUUGUUGCUAAUGUUGAUUCUUCAGGGCAUCUCCUUCCAACCAGAGUGUCUAAUGUUACUACUACAUGUGCUGAUAUGUCUGCAAUGCCACUUGGGGCUUCUGGAUAUCAGAAUUCUCUAUAUGGUUAUGCGCAAGACUCUUCUGAGUUGUUGCACAAUGCAGGACAAAUUGAUCCACCAAAUGCAACCCAUACAUUUGUCAAGGUUUACAAAUCGGGGUGUGUUGGGAGGUCACUGGACAUCACCCAGUUCCACAGCUAUCAUGAGCUGCGACGGGAAUUGGGUCAGAUGUUCGGUAUUGAGGGGUUCCUUGAAGACCCUCAAAGAUCAGGCUGGCAGCUUGUAUUUGUUGACAGGGAGAAUGAUAUCCUUCUCCUUGGAGACGACCCAUGGGAGGCGUUUGUCAAUAAUGUCUGGUAUAUAAAAAUCCUUUCACCCGAAGAUGUGCAGAAGCUGGGAAAGGAAGAGGCUGAAUCUCUGAACCGUGGCGCGGUUGAAAGGAUGAGCAGCAGUAGUGUUGAUGAUCGAGAUCUUAUUUCUGGAAUGCCAUCUCUAGGAUCGCUGGAGUACUGAUUGUUGUAAUUCUUUAAAGAAGAGAACUAGUUCUGAUCCUCAUCUUCUCAAGGUCAGAAUUCAAAUCUCAUGCCUCAUAACCUGACGUCUUUAGCUUUCGUCUAAUUGGUCCAUCUCCCAAUUGUAUGUUGUAUUUUGCAUUUGGAUCUAGCUGUAAUAGGACUCAAGGCAUCUCCCAUUUGUAUGGUAGUAGUUUUUCAUUGUAAUCCUGUUGUACAAGUAUGAUUCACUGUACGGCUAAAGAUGAAACGUGGUUUAAACUAGAAUCUCGGAAAUAUUAAAACUUCUUAAUGCACUUCUACUUUUUGGCA